GGAUUUCAGGUGUUACUAGUUCCGGUUUUUCUUUGAUUUUAUUUAAUUUCCAAUCUUCUAAUUUUGCUCUGUUGUAUUUUAUAAAUUUCAACUUGUUCAUUAUUUUUUCCAUAGCCCGAGCCUUCAUUAUUCUGUCUAGUUUGUUUCCUUUUAUUCCAAACUCUAAAAUUUGCGUGUCGUAAGUUCCAAGUUUUACUCCUGCUAGACCACUUACGUUGAAGUUUGCUUCACCUAUUUUUUCUAAUUCUAAUUUUUUCCCCAGUUCUUCUGAAAUGUAACUGCGUUCACUUCCUGGGUCUAAAAAUGCGAUGACACGCUUUUUUAGAUGUGUCUUUUGCGGAUUGUAUAUUGUUACUUUAAUACAUUUUAAUAACGUGAAUACUUCCUCUUGUUUUUUCAUACAUCCUAGUGAUGUUAUUGCUAACGAUUUAUUUGUUUCACUUUCAUUUUCCUCAAUUUCAGACACGGUUGAUGUUACGUGUUCCUCCUUUUUGCUUCUUUUUUCACAUAAUGCGACGUUAUGUUUACCCUUACACAGGAAGCAUGAUUGCCUAUACUUUGGACAUUCUUUUGAGUUAUGACCUUUUCUUAGACAUUGAUAAC